AUGUUCCGGAGGCGGUGUGGCAAGGCGGACGCAAGAUGGGCCUGGAAUCGCGAGGGGCCGACGCUGACCGCGCAGCGGGUCUUCAACAGAGGAGGGCAAGAGGCCGGGCAAACCGCGGCAACCCGGAAGGUGGGGCAAGGAGGGGCACAGGAGCUGCUUGCCGCCACCAAGCAGCACCUCGCCAUGCUGCCCCCCGAAAACGGCUUGCGCGCCGCCGGGAAGCCGUCGGGCCGCACGGACCGGGACAUGGGCAGGUUGGCUGCCUUGAAUUGCGGCAACAAGCUGAGCCAUUGA